UUCGUAUUUGAUUUAAGAAGUUGCCGGCGGCCAUGGCAACUCGGGUCAUCACCAACCGCGUCGUUCAAUCGGAAGAGGCUAUAGGAGAAAGAAGCCGCAAGGGAGGAACAGGACGGAGCGAGGAGCCAUGGCCGCCAGGAACUUCUUCGUCCGAUCCCCCAAGGAGGAGGAAUCCAGCGCCGCCAUCCGAGAGGCUGUCCUGUUGGGAGGGAAGAACGCCGCCAUUGCAGGCACCGUGGUCGCGGUUCCCACGUUCGUUGCCUGUCGUGUCCUUCCUUGGGCCAAGCACAAUCUGAACUACACCGCGCAGGCGCUCAUCAUAUCGACAGCCUGUGUGGCCGGGUUCUUCAUCACCGCGGAUAAAACCAUUCUACGAAACGCAAGGCAGAACACCAUCGGGAGGAUCGACGAGUCGACUUGAUCCAGGACUGUACAGAAUCGCAGGCCCUCUGUUCCAUCCAUGGAUGGUGCUGCAUGAGGAAACGUCGGAUUAAUUUCAGUUUCAGUUUGUAUGUACCUGGCAGUGUAAAGAGAGUUGCUGCUUUCUAGAGCAGGAAUACCGGUUCGUAGCGCUUACCUCGGAGGCGAUAUUCCUGGCGAUCUAGGGUUGGUGCGUCGCCGCCGCCGCCGGCGGCCGCUGGCCCUGUGACCUCCUCGUCCUCCGGCAGCUACGCUGAUCGUGAGUUCUCUUUAUAAAUCACUCAUGUAGGAAAUACUUAUGUGUGGCUUGCAACAUUUUUACUACAUAGUUCCUGGAAUAUGUUUACCUCGAUAUGGAAUUUACCGAUGCACUUGAAUA